AUUGUUAUAAGAAAAUUUUAUUACAGAGGACUUUAUCCCGUUGCGCCAUCAGUGACACACUAAAACAUUUCAAUACAAAAUUAAUUCUAUCGAUCUCGUAUGUAUACAAUGUAUACAGGUAAACACAAUAUUUUUAAAUAUUCAUGAAGCAAUUGCGAGUAUUAAAGUAGUAUUUCAGUAUUGAAACAAAGUACUUACUAUAAGAAAGUAAAUAAAUAAACUGAUAUUUAUUAAUUUGUGGUUAAUAUAUUUCUGAACUCUAAAUUCACUUAACCUAAUAAAUUUUCAAUCAUGACAAAUCUUAGAAAUACCAUGGAGUCGGUUGAUCCCCAACAUUAUGAAAGAUUGAGUAAUUACGUUGACUUAUUUGCAAUAAAGUAUUCUAAAAUGAAGAAAAAUUUCAACAAAUUCAUGAUUGAUGCACGAGUUUAUGAAAUAUUAGACCAAAUAUUAAAAUAUUUAAUGUCGCAUCCAAUUUUGACAGCUUUUUGUGUGCUACUGGUAGCAACAUUUGUAAUUCCUAUAUUUUUGUUCAUAUCUUUCGCCCUUAUCAACGUCGCAUUUGCACUUACUGGAUUUAUUGUCGUAGAAGUUGCAGUACUUACAGUUGGAGCGACGGUACUAUGUUCAAUAUUUUUUUGCAUUUUAACAACAAUCGUUGGAAUUGGAAUAAUGUGCGCGUUAACUUGGUCAGUUGUUUAUUAUUUUUUGACAGUGUUGAGAAAUAUUCGAAGUGCACAAUAAAUUCUCAGUAUAAAAUUUAUUUAAUUUUAAUAUAAGAUUCUAUUUACAAUUAUUUAGAAUUAUUUAAUACAUAAAUAAUAUAUUUAUAAAAUUAUUAAUAUUUUAUUAUCUAAUGUUAUUAAUUAUGGUUUGGAGAUUUGGAAUUUUUAGAACACUUCAAAAUUUCAGUCCAAAGUUUAGCUUCAAUUUUUUUUUCGUUUUUGCCCAGAGAAAACGACUGAAUAUACUCUUGCCAAUCCGUGAUAACUGUAUAUCUGAUUAAGGAAUAAUCACUUGUAAAAAAUUGCAUUUUAA